AUGGUCUCUGAGCUCGGGGCCUACGCGGCGGAUCUGCGCAAGGUCGGCGGCACCGUCAGUCCCCAGUUCGACCUGAGUAGCUGCAUCCAGGUAGCCCAGGAGGGCACUGACGGGUGCAAGGAGCCGCUGGCCAAGCUCGCUCGCCUUGAGGUUGAGGCCGAUGCAAGUGGUGGGAAGAAGGUGGUGACCCAGCAGGAUGUGGCUGACGUGAAGAAAUGGCUUGGCAACAUAAUCGCCAAGUCCUCGCAGUGCCGUCUGUUCGAACCAUAUGGUGUGGGUCAGGUUGGCGUGGACAUGCCCAGGCAAGGAAUGGUGUCCAGCUCCAUAGACGCCUCCAGUGCUCUCGUCAAUGACAUUGCCCAACCAGCAGCAGCAGCAGGGCCGUCCGCAGCAGCGCGGGAUUUCAUCCACACCCUCUUCAAUGCGUCAUGUCCCUUGCCCGAGGACGUCAGGGAAUGCUUCAACCUCCUGGCGCCGUACGCCGUGUCUAUCAACGGCAGCAACGUCAGGGCCGUCCGCAGCGGAGUCGCCGUCGUGGUUGCGGAGCUCCAGGCCUUGGCCAAGAGUGCCAUCGACUUCAACACAACCAAUGGCCAGGACUACGAGCUGGGUCCGUGCAUCCAGGUGAUCCAGGAGGCCGCCAAUGGGGGCGAGCAGCAGCUGGCCGAGCUCGAUGCCGCUGGCGACGGGAAUAACCAGGAUCUUGCCAAGGUGAACAAAUGGUACCAGGACGCCAAGGCCAAGAUCCAAAAAUGCGACUAUGACAUCACCGAUGUGCCGAGGAGCCAGGUGUGGUGCUCAAGGCUUUAG